CGGGAAAGCUAACAAUGAUUGACAUCUGUUAUCUAUUUCCAUGUGCAACCUUCUCUCUUUUUUUAGGUGUUUAGAUGGCAUUAUUUCCAAAGAUAAAUUCCUAGAUUUAAUGUCUGUACUGCAUUUUAUAUUCAUAGGCCAAUAUAGGCCUAUACUGAAAUUUAGCUUUAUUUGUCUGCCCCAGUAUUUCUUUUAUAUCUAGCAACGCCCCUGUACGUAGAGGAUGAAUUAAUGCAGCUGAUUAGUGUGGCAGAAAAGGAUAAUUAACACAAGAAAUAUGGAGGCAAAUUAUCAAUUUAUCAGUUACAACAUGAGUAAUUCUCAUUUUAAUUAAUUUCUCUAUUUUUUAUGCGUGCUGUUUGUUUAUUUAGUUUAGGUAUGUAUCCCAUUAAGUUCAAUUUGCAUACCAUUUAUAUUUAUGUGAGUUCAAUGCAGCAUUUAUGUUUGUCGUGUUUUAAUAUAACUAUUUAAAUUGGCCAUUUAAAAUACGUAGAAUGAUAAAUUCCGAACUUCAUUCGGAUACCUUUAACGCAGCUCGGCUAAGCUCAGUUGUGAGAUCAGCUGAUUCUACGCUGCCAUUUUGUCCGGCAGAGCAGCAGUCAGUCAGUCAGUCCGUGCGGAGAAAGCUGUGAGGAGACUUCCCAGACAGCGUCACCGGACUGUUGGACGGGGGGAAAACACCCGGUAAUGUGGUUGUAGCAUCCGGAAAACAGCACCAGCCGAACCACGGGACUCCAAAGGAAAAGGACCGAGCCAAGGGAGCUGUCAUUUUCAACUUACCGGGUCCGCCGGCUGGGCUCGGCUGCGCUCGACUCGACUCGGCUCGCUCUCUGCUUGGCUAAUCUCUUUAGCUCUUCAGCUAGCUUCUCGGACCUUGAGGAGGAGGAAGAGGGGGAAACUUCGCUUUUCCUGGCUGUCAGUAUUGCAGUAACCUCUGACAAACUUUGAAUAAUGCUUUCUUUAAUUCCUUCUUACUUUCCCCACCGGAGCGGGCUCCAAACAGGCACUUUACUGGGGAAGCAGUGAUAGCUUUAACAGCCGAGCUAACAAGUUGACGUGGAGGAGGAACUCAAGUUUUUCUCUUUCUUUUUUUUUUCUUCAAAGCUUUGAUUUUUUUAAAUUUGUUUUUCCACGGAUUACUUCUUUUUCUGCCAAACCGGACCCGGACUUGUCGCUUUUGGUGACUUCAAACAAAGAAUUCAGGUUUUGAAGCAGCCUGUUAGCUAUGUUUAUUUGUGGCCAGAAAGUGAUUUCAAGUAUUUCCAGAUUCCACUGUGGGACUCUUUCCUGGUUCGAGUACUGCAACGGAAACAUUAGCUAACACACACUAGCCCACAACAGCGUCCUUCUGCUUUAUUUACUUCAUAAAUACAAGGAAUAAACUUUUUUCCCUUCUUCUUCUCCUUUUUUUUGCCACCCAGACAACUUAUCUCCAAAGAUAAACUGCUGGUUAAGUCAAAUCGGUUUUGGAGCAGCAGUAAUCCGGAGCUUUGUCUGAAGUUAAAAGUUCUGUCCCGGAUUGGAGCCGAUCCAUUGACUGGGUCGUUGUUCUGUCUGAUUGAGUUGAAGGGGAGAACAAAAAAAACAACAACAGCGAUGUCGGGCCAGUCUAUUACGGAUCGGAUCGCUGCGGCGCAGCACAGCAUGACGGGCUCUGCCAUCAGCAAGGCGGUGUGCAAAGCCACCACACACGAAGUGAGCGGACCGAAGAAAAAGCACCUGGACUAUCUGAUCCACUGCACCAACGAGAUGAACGUCAACAUUCCCCAGCUGGCAGACACUCUUUUCGAGAGAACAGCCAACUCAAGCUGGGUGGUGGUCUUCAAAGCCCUCAUUACCACCCACCACCUCAUGAUGUACGGCAACGAGCGUUUCAUCCAGUACCUGGCCUCCAGAAACACUCUGUUCAACCUCAGCAACUUCUUGGAUAAGGGAGCUCUGCAAGGUUACGACAUGUCAACCUUCAUCAGACGAUACAGUCGCUACCUGAACGAAAAGGCCAUGUCCUACAGGCUGGUGGCUGUGGAUUUCACCAAGAUGAAGAGAGGCGUCGACGGCGUGAUGCGCACCAUGAACGCAGAGAAGCUCAUCAAGACUCUGCCCAUCAUCCAGAACCAGCUGGACGCCCUGCUGGACUUUCAGGCCAAUCCUAACGAGCUGACCAACGGAGUGAUCAACUCGGCCUUCAUGCUGCUCUUCAAAGACUCCAUAAGGCUCUUUGCUGCGUACAAUGAAGGAGUCAUCAACCUGUUGGAGAAAUACUUUGACAUGAAGAAGAACCAGUGUAAAGACGCCCUGGACAUCUACAAGAAAUUUCUUUGCAGGAUGACAAAGCUGUCGGAGUUCCUCAAAGUGGCUGAGCAAGUUGGAAUAGAUCAGGGUGACAUCCCAGAUCUCUCACAGGCCCCCAGCAGCCUCCUGGAGGCUUUGGAGCAGCACCUUGCCUCCCUGGAGGGCAAGAAGACGAAGGAGUUGAAUGCAGACACAAGAGCGUCCACCUUGUCGAGUGCUGUCUCGUCUCUGUCCUCCACCGGCAUGUCCUUCAGCCGCAUGGAUGAGAAGGAGAAGCAGCAGGCCUUGGAGGAGGAGCAGGCCAGGCUGCAGGCUCUCAAGGACCAGCGCCUGAAGGAGAUCAGCAUGCAGACUCCACCCUCUGCCUCCCCCAGCAGCCAGUCGAUCGGCAGCGCCAACAACAACAACCACAUCUCACACACCCCGGAGAUGUUUGGCUCCGUGCUGAAUGCAAACAGCGUCCCCAACCUGAACAGCGACCUGUUUGAUCUUCAGCCGGCCUUCAUCCCCGCCGGGCAGAGCACUCCUUCCAUCUCCAACGCCAACAGUGCCUGGGGAGGACUGGAGAGCCGGCCGCUGCAGCAGACCACCCAGGCCAUGAGUGUAGAUUUCGAUGCAGUGUUCGGGAAUAAGGCCACACCCAGUAACAACGGCCCACAACCUGCAGCCGGUUUCGAUGCUCUCGGAGACCUGUUAAAGCCCACAGUCACCGCUCACACCGCACCACCUCCUCCUCCUCCUCCUCAAAUGGCCAUCCAUCCUGGAGGAAAGCUGCUAGCCAAUGACCUCGACUCCUCUCUGGCCAACCUUGUGGGCAAUCUGCAGUUUGGUGGAACUGGAGCCAAGAAGCCAGAGAUGCAGUGGAGUCAGUCUGGUGAGAAGAAGCUGACCGGUGGCCAAAACUGGCAAAAUAAGACCAUGUCGACCACACAGUGGAGCUCCGCGCCCAUGGCUCCACAGCCCAUGCCUGUGCCACAUGUGAAUGGAAUGUUCUAUACUAGUUAUGCUCCAGCGCCAAUGGCUUUUCCCAUGACCACACCACAAGUGCCUGUGUAUGGAAUGGUCCCUCCCCAGAUGGCUCAGAUGGGUGGGGUACCGGUGAUGGCUCCACAGCCGAUGAUGUACAACCAGCCUGUUCUCAGACCCACCAACCCUUUCGCGCCCAUGCCAGGAGCCCAGAUGCAGUUUAUGUAAUCCAUUCAGGGGGAAGCUGAGUGCCAAAAGCGACAAACAAAGCAGCAGAAAAAAACAACAACAAAAACUCACGAGAGGACCAUCGAACGGAGGGAGGGACGAAUUGAUCAGGCGAAUGAAGAGACACAGACAAGCUGACCGACAGACACCGAAACAGAAGGAGGCCAUGAGGGGCGGAGGGGGUGGGACUCUGACCCGGCUGGAACAACUGCUCUCGUGUGUGUGUGUGUGCGUGUGUGUGUGAGUGUGGAGCUUGUCUGUGUUUAUCAUUUGUGUUUUAAAUCGUCCAGACGGAGGGAUGAGAUAGACGGACGGACAGAUGGACGUCUGGUUUUCGCCCAGCCUGUUCGGUUCGGUGUCUGGAUCCAGAAUUAGCUUUAUUUCAAACUGGUGCUAUUUUGUCCUCUCUGAGUUCCUGUCUGCCUGCAACAGCAACUUGGGAGCACUUGUAAGAGGACGGGUGUGUGUGUGUGUAUGUGCGUGUGCGUGCGUGUGUGUGUGUGUGUGUGUGUGUGUGUUCGCAGCAGUUGUUCCAGGUAAUACAGCCUGUCCUCUCUCUCCUCCUCCCUCAGUCUCUGUUUGUUUUUCAGAGAGAAACGUAGAGGCACAUUUUCUCAAGUAUGUUUCCUGUAAUUUUCCAAGCCAUGUAAUUUUUUUUUCCCCUUCUGUUUUCUUUGCCUUUAACGUUAUCAGGGCUUGUACAGCAGUUUGUCAAACGGUAACCGAGCGUUUUCUCCUCAUGGCUUCUUAAGCUCUGCCGCUCGCACAUCAAGACGGGAGAUCGAGGAAACGUCGGGACAAAAACACAAAACAAAAAAACCCCACAAAUUUGUCUGAAGGGCUCGUCCCAUCAGGGAAAACGCAGCAAAAACGAGUCCAGAUGUUGGGGAGAUCGUUGACUUACAGCUGCGUCGUGAAAACUGCUGGAAACCUGCCAGUCUGUGUGCUUCUAGUCUGCUCGAGGGUUGGGUCCUUCACGUACGAUGUCACAUGAAACAGAUCGAAUUUGACCCUAAAAGUAAUCAAUGAAGCUGUGUAUAUAAGCAAAAAAAAAAAAAAAAAAAAAAAAAAAAGGAUUUGAGUGUGUAAGUUUUUCUUUUCUUCUCACAUGGAGUGUUUGCCCAUCUGUGCAGAGAUAGUGAACAUUAUUGCAGUCAGUAGAUACUCGGAUUGUGUGUGUCUCUUUAAGUCAAGGGGCUUUGUGUGCGUCUUUCUCGGUGAUUGAUGAGAAACAAAUCCAGCACACCGAGGUUACGGCUGUUCUUAAAGGGAUAUGCACAGUCUUCUAGUCGAGCAGUAAAGGGAUAGUUUGAAAUAUUUUAAAGCAAAGUGCCUGCAGUAGAGAACGAUAAGUUUAUAUUCUCUGGAUUCGAAAGCUAACGUCUGAAAUGUCCCACGUUUAAAGCAAAGAGGAAGUCCAACCUCAAAAACGUCUGAGCGGUUUCUGCAGAUGAAGUUUUUCAUUGGUUACUAAUUUACAGAGAAAUAUUAUUUACAUGAUUGAUUGACAAAUACAUUCUAUGUGGGAAGUUUAUAAGUCCAGGCACCAAAAAAUCACAAAACAAAUUCAGUACUAUUGGAUAAAAAGCAGCCACAUAAAAACAGGUUGGAGUUGGUGUGCCAUCAAUAAUCUUCCUGCGAGAAACUUUACCGAUUUAAACUACCUUAAAAUCAAAAGUAUAACAGCAGCUCAAAUGAAUGCUACUGUAUUGGUUGUCUGUUAUUCUGACAGAAAAUUCUCUAAAUGUUCCCACCUCGGUACACGUUUCACACAGGAAGACUUUUAGAGGCGCGCCACCUCCUAUCUCUGCCUAAAUAUCAGCUUAUUUGUAAAUAACUACCCAAAGUAAACACACAUGAAGUAGCAUUCAGAUGAGCAAAUGAGUUAUUUACUGAAAACCUUUUAACAGGGCCUCUCUUUAAAAAGCCUGAAUGUUCCUUUGAAGAAAGUGUUUUGUUUAUCCGUGUUGAAUAUUCAAAGUAUUUUUGGCUGACUAAAUUGUUGCUGAAUUUCUGAUUGAACCGUUGCCACCACAAUAAGGAUAAAAUGUGUAUUUUUCUGUCCAGCGGGAAUCUGGUCCUGCUUGUGUUUCUGCCUGACGGUCGCUAGGCGACCCGCUUGGAUCGGUCCAGACUUCUGAGACCAAUAGAUGCGGCUCCCUUUCGGCAGAUCCACGUCAUGAUUGAUGAUGAUUGAUAAUGAUGAUGAUGAUGAUGGCAGCACAGAGCGAGUUUGUUACUCAAUCGAGUCGACUUCACUUUCAAUUGCACUGAAUCAGAGCGAGAGGCGGGAAGCGCGGCUCUCCACGGUAACGGAGGGGAAACGUGGCGGCCCCUCUUCAGGCAGAACCUCCGUCCUCAUGAGUCGUGGCUGUUUGUACAUAUUGCACCGUGGGCUGUUCUCACGUGUACGCUUACACGUUUUUGUGUACGACGACGACUUCUUCUUCUUUCCAUUGAGGGCUACUUCUGAGGAUAAAAUUUUAAGUCGUACUUUAAGCCCACAUGUUUGAUACAGUUUCUUGUUGUUUUUUUUUCUUCUAAAAUCAAAAUAUUGCAAAAAUGCACAUGCGAAAAAGUUGCACUGAAGUGGCCAACUCCCAGCAGUAGAGCUGUCGAGUUUUCUUUAAGGAUAGAGAUUUGUUUCGGGGUCGUUUUGUGGGGUUUAAAGAGCUCUCGUCUAUCGGCCGUUUUGGCGACUAACGUUUCUUCUUUUAUUUUCACUUUUCCUGCCACUCUAAAGUUGAACUUGAAGCUUUGUGUAUUCCCCAUCAGGGUUCGGCAUUCCAUCGGUGACGGUCCGGCCUCAGACUCAUCGUCGGCUCUGCUGUGAAUCCUCCAGAAUGUCGCCUCAGUUUUGCCGUCAUCGCUGAUCUUGUGCUGCAGCACCUAUUUUCGGCCUGUUUAGUCUGUAUUUAGUCUGUGUAGAUAUGUAAAGUGCUUACAGUUUCUGUGUAGAUUGUCCCGGCUGUCGCUGUGGGUUAGACGCUGCUCUUUAAACGCUUGUCGUCAGUCUUGUGUUAGCUUAGCCUAGCUUCUUCUUAUCCCGCCGUAGGCUCUCCCUCUGUCCUCUCUGCUGGUGUCUACCAAAUGAUAGCUGUUUUUUCGUCCUUUAGCUGUAGAUAAAAAAGUUUCUCUCAGGCUUUGAGGUUUAAUUCUCUCAAACUCUUCUUUUCUUGCUACUCGCAUCAAACCAUUAUUCCAGCAUUCUUCAGUUUCUCCGUGUCUAUCUGUCUCGUUUGUCCCUGAUUGGACCUGAACAGCAAAGCACACGCAGAGAUUUUCAGGUUUUUGUCACAAAUCAAUGUGAUGAAUGAUCAUUUUGAAGACCAGCUCUUAUCCUUGUGAAAGUUAGCUUCGGCUAAAGGCCGGUGUUCUCAGUUUUCCUCCCUUUUUUGUGUCAGAAUGAAGGUAAAUAUGUAGAGAAUCGUGAAUACUAACAUCUCUGGGAGAUGCAGAUCUAUGACGUGGCCUUAUGAACAUUUAAUGGGAUCAAAAGGCUUUUUAAACAUGUUGAAAUCACUGUUAUUACCUCAUGUUGAAGGUUUAAGACCAGACCAUGAAAUAAGCGAUUAUAAAUUAAAGUAGCCUACCUGAACUUAGCCAACUUAGCCCAUGUGAAAUUUCAACUAGAGACGUUCCGAUCAGGAUUUGUUGCAACAAUUAAUAUACUUUAAAUUCUCAUCAGCUUUAAAAUGCAGAACAAUAACAUUUCAGUUUGAAGAACAUCACUUCCUGCUUUGGCUGAUGCUGAUUUUCAUACAGUAGAAGUUUCCUGAAACUAACUAUAGCGCCUUCCCUUGCUGUUGUGAUAUGGCUCGUUGAUCAUUCGACAUGUAACGUGUUUCUGCGGGGGUUGAUCUCCUGCUUCGUGAACCCGGCGCUUUUGUUUUGAACCUUUGAGCUGCUUUCUGCACAGCUUUCCCUUCCCGCAGCGUAGAGUUGGUCACAUUUAACAGAUGUAGAGGAAGGUAUAAGUUGACAUAAAAUCAAGGAUCCUUUUGAUAUUUGUUUGUUCCAACACAUGGAUUGGUUUCUUUUAAAAAUGCCUUGAUCAGAUGUUUUGGAUCACAUUGGGAUAACCUUAGUUGUUAUCCCCCUUAUGGUUCCACUCUCCUGACCUGGGGUGGAAACUCCUGGAUGUUUUUAGCCAUCUACUAGCUUCUGUUGAGGGCUUCCUCAAAGAUGUCAUUCGGCAUGGUGGAGUUGGACAGUAGCAACUUUUGGUAAACGAAAGUUUGGUUUAUGACGAGAAAGACUCCAACUCUGGGCUGACAGUGAAGGUCUUCACGAAUUCCCACGAGGUUUUCGACCCUAAAGUUUCCUUGUUACGAAGCAGAAUGACUGGCCUCUUGUGAGACUUUCUCCAGACCUUAAUGACACAACUUGCUUUUUCUCGACGCCAGCAGUUUCUCUGCAAAUGAUUGACAGAUUUUGCUUUUUUAUGUUCAAGGCAAGGGGAUUGUGCUCUUUGUCAGCCAGUAGUUAUUAAACCUUUUUGUGUAGGUUUGACUCUCUGGACAGGCUCUCGACUCGGUUUGAGGCUACCUUGCUGCAGUCUUAAAGCAGCUGCUGUAUCUUUGCGUCGUUGUAGCAUGAAGCCAAUGCAGAGGAGGAUAAACUUCGAUGUCAAAUCCGAACGUGUGAUUACUGCGAUUGUAGCGGACACUCAGAGAGCAGGGUCCUCCCUGGCGAGCGGCCGCUCAGUGAGCGCAUGGUGUCGUCUUUUUCAGUGUUUUCAUCCUCAAACGCAUGACAACGGUGGCGACUUCCCUCCUUUUGUUAAAAUAAGCGGCCCAAACUAGACGAAGGGACCGAUUGAUCGGACUCGACCAAUCACUCGUCCGUCCAAGAAACCGUUCGGGCUGAAACUCAUACAUGUUUUGUUAUGUUUUUUUAUUUGGACUGUUGAUGAAUGAGCCAGUACAACGAAAAGCGUUGCCAAACUUCUCCGGUGUUCUCCCAAAGAGCUCGCUUUGUUUUCUCCUGUGGCACACGCCCUCCGCCGUUGACGCGGGCGACGUUUGCAGUGGAACCAGAACCCGCCGACCCGAACAAAGAGCGAGCGCGAGAGAGACUUUGAUAGAUGUCCUCGUCUUGUCAAUGAGAGUUGGUGUGUUCAAAGAUUGCUUCUUCGUGCACGCUCAGAUAUUUUAUUUUUAUUUUUUACAUUGGUGUUUUUUUGUUUGCUUGUUUUGAUAAACCCCCAACCCUCGGAUUACUGCCUCACUAUUCUGUAUAUAAAGAAACUCACACGCGACAACUCAGCUUAAAGGCAUACCCUCAUAAUCCGCGUUUAUUUUCAUUUACCCAUUUAUUUUACCUGUACAUGAAGAUAUUAGCGUCCUACGCAAGCGUGCAGGUCUGACUCCCACCGUGGUGGGAGCAGGCUGAAACAGACGGGCGGAGCAGAUCUGGAGGCUGCGAACCGUCGCCGUACAUCAGGAUCAGCCGUGACUUUUCAGCGAUGCCAAAUGUUAAUCUGUCUCUGUUUUCUCCUCCGUCUCCUCCCUCUCUCCCGCCCCUCCCCCGUCUCUUUGUACAUUAUUUUCUAUUUAUUUAAAAGCAGAAAUAUAUGGAGUGUAUCGAGCAUGGAAAGGCAAACAAAUGUUAAAGUUGAUUUUAAAAAAGAAAAAGGAUGGGCUUUUAUUUUACAGCAAGUAUAUUUGUUUAUUCUAGGGAUUUGGUUCCUCUCUAUUUUUUUUUUUGUUUGUUUCUUUCUUUCUUUUUUGGAAGAAUAAAGUCAUUUUCCAUUCCUAAA